AUGGCUCCUUGGAGUAGCCUGAGGCAAAUGUUUGAUCAGCCAAUGCUCGAGAGGCCGACGCUCAUGGAGUCACUUUCUUGGAACCAAAUCAAGCAUGUGGAACCAACCACGACCUCCUUCGAGAUGUUUGGCGAGAUCCAAUUCAGAGAGAAUUCCCCAUCAUCUACCAAAUCACUCCUUCCCUCACCUCUUCCUACAAUGCUGAAUCAUAAAAGCCUGCAAACCUAUGCUAAGGAGCUUGAUGGGAAGGAAGGUGGUGAUACCAAAAUGGCCAAGAACGACCCAUGCAAUGGAGAUCCAAACUCCAAUGACGGCUCCUCUCCAAAGAAUUCCGAGACCCUGCAGCUUUGCACUGAGGGGCUUGGCUUUGAGAGCUUCGAUGAUGUCGAGGAUUUGACCAUUGAAUCUGGCAAACAUUUAAAGAAUCAAAAGAAGGAGAAGACUGAUAAUAGCCAAAAUGGAUAUACGAGGACAUCUUCGCAUGGAAGAUCAGGAAGCAAAGAAAAAUUCCCGCCACCAAUAACCACUAUAGGGAGGGGAGGAGGAAGGCCCUGGAUAUACUUCAAAUCUUACAGGAAAGAUGGAAGGUUUGUUCUCAAAGAGAUUAGAAUCCCAACGCAGCAGUGCUUGCAAGCCACCCGGGAAAAUGGGCGGCUUGCGCUGCAGUUUGUUCAUCCAGAUGAAGGCAUUGGACAAGAAAAUGAUGAAGACUCUGAUGAAGAAGAGUAA